UUUAGCCGUGGACGGCUGUUGCUCUCACACAUUCGAAGCCAACUGUCAUCACAAACCAUUUAUGCUUUACUAUGUGUUGGGAUCUGGAGCAAACUAGGCUUGGUGCACGACAAUGAUGUGAAAGCUGUCGCUGUACUCGCAGAUGUUGAUGGCAAAGAGGAUGACUUGCUUACUGGCUGGGAUGCCAUC